AUGACAGUUGCAAAGAGUAUUAUUAUAAGCAGUAUCGUUAUUGUUGGGUUACUAAUUACGACAACUGCUCUUUUCAAAAAAUCCUUAAACACCAACAAAGGUCGCAAAACCAUCGAAAACCAAGAUACCAGAUCUAACGAUGGGACAGCUACAAUUAAAACCGAUAGUAGCAAAACUAUCCGUGAUAAAAAAUCGAAUAUACACCAUAGAUACACACUAAUUUCAAAGGAAGUCGUUCCAGUUUCAUCAGACGACGAAUAUAUCGAUGAAAUAGAGACAAGCAUUGUUGAAGAAGAAAUUAGUGAAGAUGAUUCAGACGAUGAAGAUGUAAUUGAACAACCAAAGCAAUUCCAAACUACUCAACUCAAUAGCACAAGGGAUUUUAACAGUCAAGAUGUCUCUAAUUUAAAACCAGAGAAAUCUAAUAUCGUUAAAAAUGGCAUCUUGGAUGAAUCUUCAAAAAACCCUAUACUUAAAGAAAAACAAUCCGAAACAGAAAAAACUAAGGCUUUUUCUUCUAACGACGACAAUAAAAACAGCGGUGGUAAUAAAGAUGGAGUUGAAUUACCAGCCUCAUCCUCAAAACUAAGUACACCAAUCACUUCACUUCAAAGCGAAGUGUCUUCAUCGCUUCUUUCCGAUGAAUAUCCUGUAUCUUCUUUCCCCUCCCGCAUGGAAAAAACUGUCUAUUGA